GUUCUGUAAUGUGACAAAGAGCUGUCAAGAAGGGGAGGGGCCUAGUUCACGCGUAGGUAAAACAGCUCUCCAGUGGUCUCCAAUGACAGCGCGCAUAACUGCAGGGUCUGGCGUUACAUUUGCCUUUUUACCAAAGUUGUGCACUCGGAGCCCUCCAACGUGGCGAUCUCCUAACCACCCGAAGAGUGGGAUAAAUAUUUCAGUGGGUCUGAAUGACUGGAUUACUAUCAGAACCGAUAACGCAGAGCCUGUCAGUUUAAGAUUAGCGGUUUAAACAAAAAACUACAACAGGGCAACUCCCCCUGAACUGGGCUGCCAAGAUGGAGAAGCCACCAUUGACCAAUGAGAAUGGGAGUGUGUUGGCCGAGAGCCGAUCCGACAUGGCUUUGGUGUCGGCAGAGGAUGAAGUCGGGUCUGCAGGUGCUGCUGGGCAGGAGAACGACAGGCCGGCGUGGGACAGUAAACUGCAGUAUGUGCUGGCCCAGGUGGGCUUUAGCGUUGGCCUGGGAAAUGUCUGGAGGUUUCCCUACCUCUGCCACCAAAAUGGAGGAGGUGCCUUUAUGUUAUUGUACGUGAUGCUGUUGCUCAUUAUCGGGGUUCCUCUGUUCUUUAUGGAGCUGGCCGCUGGCCAGAGCAUCCGUCAGGGCAGCAUCGGGGUCUGGAAACACAUCUCACCUCGCCUCGCUGGCAUCGGCUACUCCAGCUGCAUGGUGUGUUUCUUUGUGGCCCUGUACUAUAAUGUGAUCAUUGCCUGGUCUCUGUUCUAUAUGGGGAAUUCAUUCCAGUAUCCAUUGCCAUGGGAACAGUGUCCUGUAGAUAUGAUCUCAAACCAGACAGUGAAGGAAUGUGCAGCAAGCUCUCCUACCUCCUAUUUCUGGUUCAGAAAGGCUCUGGAUAUCUCAGACUCCAUAGAUGAGUCAGGAGAGUUUAACCCUAUAAUGACCGGGUGCCUCCUUGCCGCCUGGGCUAUAGUGUGUCUCGCAAUGAUCAAGGGCAUCAAGUCUUCUGCCAAGGUGAUGUAUUUCUCCUCCGUGUUCCCUUACGUUGUGCUGAUCUGUUUUCUCAUCAGAGGGCUCAUGUUGGACGGGGCUUUAGAGGGCAUCAAAUAUAUGUUUUAUCCUAAGCUGGAGAUUUUGGGGGAAGUGCAGGUGUGGCGUCAGGCUGCCACACAGGUGUUUUUUGCACUGGGUCUAGGUUACGGCUCUGUGAUCGCUUAUUCAUCCUACAACCCUGUGCAUAACAACUGCCACCGGGACGCCAUCAUGGUCUCUGCCAUCAACUUCAUGACCUCAGUAUUGGCCUCUCUGGUUGUCUUUGUGGUCCUUGGUUUCAGAGCCAAGAACAUUUCUCUGGAAUGUGUUGCAUCUAAUGUGGCCAGGAUGGCAGAAAUGGCAACAACAGGUUCAUCGCAGCAUUGGUGGCCAUGGUUCAACAUUUCUGACCCCAAAUCAGUGUCUCUUCAUGACUACAGAGAAUGGUACAGCCACUAUGGAAGCCUGUUAGGGUCAAAUAUCACUGACUGUGACCUGGAAAGAGAAAUGAGCAAGGGAGUGGAGGGCACAGGUUUGGCAUUUAUAGCAUUUACAGAAGCGAUGUCGUUGUUUCCUGCAAGUCCAUUUUGGUCAACUUUAUUCUUUCUCAUGCUGCUGAAUUUGGGCCUCUCCACCAUGUUUGGCACCAUGCAGGGGAUUCUUACCCCACUCAUGGACAACUUCAGAGUGCUGGGGCGCCACAAGACCAUGUUGACGGUGUGUUGCUGUAUCUUGGGCUUCCUCUUUGGCCUGCUCUUCACUCAAAGAAGUGGCAACUAUUUUGUGACCAUGUUUGACGAUUAUUCUGCAACAUUGCCAUUGAUUGUCGUCGUCAUCUUUGAAAAUUUCAGUGUGGCAUGGGUUUACGGUGCUGAUCGUUUCUUGGAUGAUGUGGAGGUGAUGCUGCACUGGCGCCCUCCGGUGGUGUAUCGAUAUUUGUGGAAGUAUGUGUGCCUGCUCAGCAUGGUGGGACUGCUGGCUGCUAGUCUUCUCCGCAUGGUCUUCAAACGGCCCACUUACACAGCCUGGAAUCACACCACGGGUUCUGAAGCUAGCCUCGAGUAUCCUGGAUGGGCUCUGAUCAUGCUGUCCAUGCUGAUCAUUAUAGCAUCUCUCCCGGUGCCCAUUGGCUACCUGCUCUCCUUCCUUAGAGGGGGGCGGAGCCUACCAGUGGAGGAGGGUGAAGUUGAGCCUCCAAGAGAGCGAUACUCCAAAUGCAAUUCUGAUGAGCCAGAGCCAAAUAACCAUCACUCCGCAGUGGAUGAAGACAGGAAUCGGCCCCGGUCCCCCUUCCUUCCACUGGGUGCUGAACACUACAGGCUACUCUCGCAACAUGAAGAUAGAGAGGAAGAAGAAGACACUGAGGUGUAAGGGAAAAAUGGAGAUAAGUGGGUGUUUGAGUAGAAAACGACAAGACUAUUUAUUCAUCAGUGUUGGAGUUUUUUAAUGGAGUGGAGGGAGACCGACUCCAUUUAUUCUCAUUAUGCUAAUGAACAUUCAAUGAAAAAUAUUUGUCAACUGCAGCACUAUUUAAGAGGGAUACUUUUUGCGAGUACACCAAUCAUUGAAUUGCUUUGUUCUUGAAUCCCUACAUGUACUUAGCCUAAGUGAAGUGGCCUGUACCAAAAGUGCCUGAAUAUAAAGAAUAUCCACACUUAAUUAUAUUAAUUAAUUAUACUUAAUUAUAAGAUUACAGCUUCUCCAAAGCACAGCAAUUAUACUCGUCAUCUAGAAUAAAACAUUUGUUUUUACUACAGUUUCUUUAGUAAAAUAGGGUAGCACUUUACAAUGAGCUCCAAUUUGUUAACAUUAGUUAAUGCCUCAGGUAACAUUUACAAUGAGCAAUAUAUUUUUACA